AUGGCUGAUGACCCGCAAAACAGGGUGGCGCCGUACGCACAGAUAAACAGCCCAAUACCCAGCAGCGGAAUACACAAUCUGGAUGUGCUGCUGGCUAGAUCGCGUAAACACGGAAUCGCCGAGUCUUCAGAUCUUGUGGAGCCUCCUUCCAAACGCGGCGUGCUCAGCGACAGCCACGGCCAGCUGGUUUUAGGCGAUAUCCCUUCAUCCCCACCUAUUGUGGGCGCGAACGAGUCAGAUACUGAAGAAGACGAGUGCUCGACUCCGCUCAGACCGGCGUUUGCAUCCUCGAGCUUCGUCACGAAACACGCGUCGCGCUCCGAUUCGACGUCAACAAUUGUUGCUCCCCGGCUUGCCUCAGUCACCCGGACUGUUGAUUCGGCUAGUUUCGCGGGAAGAACAGCCUCACACACCGCAUCAUUCGGUAUCAAGCAAAUGAGCCCUCUUGCGGUUAUCCGCAAUACUGUCGACACGGGAAGAGAUACCCUCGACCUUGCUGAGCGCGACAUUGAACAGCUGCCGUCGGAAAUCGGUGAUCUCCAGCAUUGGGUGUCUCUGGAACGCCCCACGCUCAAAGUGUGUCUUGGAAACAACAAUCUGCGGUAUCUUCAUUUGGGAUUAUUCGAUGUUAACAUUUCUGAAUUGCUAUUGAGACACAACAACCUGCGUGAAAUCCCUCAGCAAAUCGGCAAUUUGAAGAGCCUUCAAGAGCUCUCAGUGGGAUCGAAUAACCUGUCCUAUUUACCGGCCGAAUUGCUUUUGCUUCCAAACCUAACGGUUCUGUCAGUGGUCCCGAAUCCAUGGCUCGAGCUGCCAGAGGGCGUCGAAAACCUACAGGACGAAAUGCCGUCUUUGGUGUUUCGCCAAGUCUACGUCGCAAGCGAACCCCCCACACUCGUUGAGUUCGCCCAAAGAGUCCUCGCCGACCAUGAUCUGCUGGUCCGGGAUCGCAAGAGCUGGGCAUUGAGCGAGCACCAGCAAAAACUAGUGGACACCGCUCAGAUAUCGCGCGAGCGUGGACACGUGUGUUUUUAUUGUCGCAAGCCAUAUAUACGUGCAAUUGGCCAGGUCACGGAGUGGUGGAACGUCUGUCACAAUAAAGCAUUGCCGUUCAGAAAGUUCUAUUGCACGCAACGCUGUCUGCGUAACGAUGUUUAUGAUUUAUGA